CUGGACAUUCCUCACUUCCCUCUCUGACUACACCCUCCUCUAAGGUUGACAUAUAUAAGCAUGCUGCUGUUUCCUUCACUGACAGACUGCCUCUCACAUCCUUUUAAUACCAUAUAAAGCCUUUCUUUACUACUGAUAUUAAAUACCCACGCUUAAACAUGCUGAACAUAGACUUUUCUUUAUAUACCAUUUUGUUUUUUGCCUGCUGCUUCUGUUGCAGCAGAGCUAUGCCGACUAAAGUCAAACAGGAGGCGGUGAAUGACAGACCUGUGAUUGGGGUUUUGACUCAGCUGGUUUCGGAUGAAGUCAUGAAACCAUUCGGGAGGACCUACAUUCCUGCAUCUUAUGUGAAGUACACCGAGUCUGCAGGCAGCAGAGUGAUGCCCAUCAGACUGACUCUGACUACUGCUGAAUAUGAAAACAUCUUCAGUAAGAUAAAUGGCUUGCUUUUCAUCGGCGGAGCUGCAGAUUUGGAGACAUCUGACUACGCUAGAGUGGCAAAGAUUUUUUAUAAACUCGCACUGAAGGCCAACGACAGAGGGGAUUUCUUCCCUAUCUGGGGUACCUGUAUGGGAAUGCAGCUCCUCACUGUGUUGGUGGCGGGUAAAAACCUGCUGACGGACACCGCAGCUGAAAACAUGGCUAUGCCUCUCAACCUUACUGCAGAGGCUUACACCAGCAGGAUGUUUUCGGGUCUUUCCAAAGAGCUCAUGAAGGCCGUAACACAGGAGCCUCUAACAGGAAACUUUCACCACUUUGGCAUUACAGUACAGACUUUCCAGGAAAAUGAGAAGCUGCAGAGUUUCUUCUCUGUGUUGUCGACAAAUGUUGCUGCAAAUGGAGCUCACUUUAUCUCCACACUGGAAGCUAAAAGAUAUCCCUUCUAUGGAGUCCAGUGGCACCCAGAGGUGAAUCGUUUCCAGUGGGACAACAAGCUAAACUUCCCCCAUUCCUCUCAUGCUGUUCAGUUAUCGGCUCGGCUGGCUGAGUUCUUCGUAGAAGAAGGAAGGAGAAGUUUACAUCAGUUCGACAAUCCUGAGGAAGAGGCCUCUGCUCUGAUUUAUAACUACACGCCUGUUUAUGCUGCAAACUUCACAGGAUAUGAACAGAUCUACUUCUUCUGAGCAAGUCACUACUCAGUAUUUGAUUUCACAUAGAUUCCACCAUCAUUUUACCUGUAGCACAGCAUGAUGUUUGAACAACUUAAAGAGUUUUAAUACUGUUAUUGGAGUUUUUUUAUUAGGUGCUUUUUCAAUAAAUAAACUCAGAUUUUUAAAAAUAAAUUUACUCUUUACUGUAAAACAUCUGGAUGGAUUCUGUUAUUGAAAGGCAGUGUAGGGUGUGUUAGUUAUCAUCUGCCAAGCAUCAUGCCUACUUUUAAGUAUAGUAAGGGCCACAGUCACUGUAUUUGUUCCUGAAAAGUUUCGACUUCUCCUUACCUUGGGGGAGGUUAAUUGUUUGACCUACAGUAUGUACCUCAUCACAUGGGUCUAUGGCUGAUCUUUGUGAUGCUUUUCAACUGCAUGCUGUUCAUCAGCAGGCAGGGUUGCCAUGGAGUCUUAAAUGUUAAUUUUCUUCUUUUAUAAGCUACUCCAUGAGAUGGGCUUUUUCAAUGGGAAGAAAGUAGGGAUAAAUACUCUUGGGAUAAACUAUUACUGACCAAAAAUUUUCAUCACAAAGUCCAUCAAUCUGCCAUAGGCUAGGAAAUUAGCCUAUGGCUACAAUCUGGCGCAUUUACAUGUCAGUGUUUAUUAAUGUGCACUGUCCUCAAUAAUAAAUAAAUAAAUUAUUGAUCAUUGUCAUUGUGAGGGGAACACCUUCUGAAAUGAUUAAGAUUUCUUCAUCAAUCCCCCGACAGAGUUUUGUGUCCAGUAGUGUGAAUGAUAGUCAAAUUACAGUAAGAGAGCUGAAAGGUUGUUAAAAGUCUGAUUGAAUAAGGUAUGAAAAGUACUUUGGAUAGUUCAUUUUGAGAUUGGAUUUAUUUUCUUGUUAUUUGGUUAAGAGUUGCACCGCUGAAGUUUAACAGGACCUGAAAUAGUUGGGACCUAAAGUUGACUCUUAAAAAGAAAUUUGAUACUUUAGACGUACAGUAUUCACUAGAAGAAGUACAGUAUUCACUAGGGAUGGACCGAUUAUUAAAGCUGAUAAUAGGCAUUUGGCUGAUAAUUGGUAUCGUCAUUUUAUUUUACAGAUAAUCAAUAAAGUUAAUCAAAAAGUGUGCUACAUUGGUUCCACUGCAAAUUCUGUCUUUCUCUCUGGCUGUAUUUUAACUCUCCAAAGUCUCACCAAAUGUCCUGUAUAAAACACAAUCUGAUUGGCUAGAUGCCACAUGAAUACCAGCCAAUCAAAACUUAAUCCUGGGUGCCACUGACAUAGUGAGUGUAUGGCACCACCACCUGUUUUCCUGUUUCUACUGUUUUGCUCUGUGCCGUUUCUCAUGCUGAUACAGAUUGGGCUAAAUUGUUAAUUUUCCUUCUUUUUUUUAAUCAUGAAAUUGUACUUUUGACACAUUAAGUACAUUUUGUAUAUCUAAAUAAAUUUCUAUUGGUUCCCAAUAUCAGUUAUUGAUCUCAUGAGCUACUAAUAAUUGGUAUGGAUAUCAGGCCUGAAAAAACAAUAUCGGUUGACCCCUAGUUUUGACAUAACACACUCUUAACAGCCUUUCAAUGCAUCUCAUGGGCUUCAUCAGUGGAGUCAGCCAAUCGCUCAACCACUGAGAAAAAAAUGAGAUUCAGUGGAAAACUUCCUUAAUGUCUAGACUACAGUUGUGAUGUUU